CUCAAUACUCUUCACAGAUCCCCGGAACCGAAAAAGCCUGUCGCCGGCCUCGCCGUUAACUUCCUCCUAUUUUAUCCCUCGCCUCCCGUCCCUGACCCAGUCCUUCUCUUUCCUUCAAGUUUCCGACAGUCCAGAAAGUAAAAUAAGCAGAUAUAACGCCCCGUCAUCGCCGCUCUCUUCAUUACACUGCUAUUCGCGGCCGCAAUUGAGGUCCUUUGCGGCGGAGGAAUGCACCUUUAUCCAGAAAUAGCUGCGGCAAUAUUUCUAUCCACCGCUGUUUGAAACGCUAGUAGGCAGAGGAGUUGCUGCCCGAAGCAAACCACCGAAAUGGGGAAUAGAAAGGAAAAGAGAAGAUAUUCUGAGAGGCAAUAUACAUCGGACCAACUCGUCCCCAUCGCCUCCCCCACUGCUCUUGCUAAUUUAUCGCUGAACUCUAAGGUGUUGCUGUAUGAUUGGUGGUUGUGCACGGCGAAGACCGGAGGGUUAGCUGUCGGAGGGUUUGAAUGCAGAGGGAGACAAGGACAAAGAGUGUUGCACACCGCAGCCAUCGCCAAAAGACGUGAGGCCACCACUCUUGAAACUGCCGAUGGUAUCACGGUUUCUAUUAGCGGCUUCAUCAAUACCUCUCGUACGCUUGAAAAUGGCUUUUCAUCAAAGGUUUGCAGUCAUUUCCUUUUUGGGUUUCCAUAUGAUUGGGAGGAAUAUGCUUCACAUUUGGAAGGUUGUUCUUCUAAUGAAGAAUCUGUUUGUCGUGGCAGCAGUGCAAUUUCUUCCCUGCCACCUUCUUUAGACAGGCUCCCUGUCCCUGCUGCUAAGAUACGUGAUCUUCUGAUGUUUUCUGCUGGAGAUUCUCAAAAGUUGGUUCUUGAUCACAUGCUGCAGAAGUUGACCUCCCAUGAUUCUCAAAAUGCAAUUAUUGCUGACGAUUCAAACACAGGAAAUAAACAUCCAGAAGUACGUCCUUAUUCUGCUGCUGAUGGUGAAAAUUCGAAUUGCCAAAAUAAGGUUAAGGUUAUGGAGAAUGAUAAUAAUAUGUCGCAUUCAAGGAGUAAAACCACAGUGGAAUCCAAGAAGGAUCAGUCAAGGUUAGGUGUAGGUGUUAAAACCAGAAGCAUGACAUGGUUGAAGCAGAAGAGAGCUUGCCUUCGUUCAUCGGCAUCCUCAAAAAAUGCAUUGUAGGGAAAAUCGACUGCAAAAUAAAAUGGAUUAGCAAUGUAUCUAUAAUGUAAAGAAGUAAGCCACUGAUACCACACAAAACCAGGUAUCUGAUGUUAACUUACUGCAUGAAAUCAUUGUGUUGUACUGGAAUUUUAAAA